CUUGGAUAAAAUUGAAAAAGAAAUAGGUGCCACCUAUUCUUUUAUUUAUACUUGUUUUAUUUUUCUAUUAUUUUCACUUUAAAGUAUGCUGAAAUAUAUUACCCUCUGUUUAUUUGCCUACUGGCAAUACUAGUUACCUACCGGUUAUCCGGGCUGCACCCAAGCAGUGGUCUCUCGAGCCCACCACCAACUCCACCAGCCCACCAGCUCCACCAGCUCCACCAGCUUUUCCAGCGCUCCCAAUUAUGCCCAUGUUUCACCGCUCAUCCAACCCCGAAAAUUCAAGCUCCACUGCUUCUAACCUAAAGGCAGGGUUUAUCUUGCGCAAGACAAAUGAGCUUCAGCUCCCCUACCACGAAUAUUCUGGUACAAUCGAACAGUCGCCCAAUGACCCGCGCAAGUUUAGACUUAUUCAGCUUCCCAACAAUAUGACCGUUUUGUGCGCCCAUGACCCUGACACGACGCAAUCCGCAGUUUCAUUAAGCGUCAAUGUGGGCCACAAUGGCAAUCCCCCAGAGUUCCUUGGAAUUGCGCAUUUCCUCGAGCACAUGCUAUUCCAGGGCUCGGAAAAAUAUCCUGGAAAAAACGAGUACAGUUCAUACCUGUCUGCUCACUCAGGGUAUGCCAAUGCUUUUACCAACAACUGUGAAACCUGCUAUCACUUCUCACUGGCCAAUGAUGCCUUGAAGGGCGCACUAGACCGCUUCUCAAGAUUCUUCAUUGACCCUCUUAUGGAUGCCAGUUGCGUUGACAAAGAGCUAUUGGCGGUCGACUCGGAGCACAAAGGAAACAUCCAGAGCGAUACAUGGCGCUUUUUCGGUUUGCUGGCAAAUGUCUCAAACCCAAACCAUCCAUUUUCGCAGUUUUCAACAGGAACCGUCGAUACACUGAAGGGCUCGGCAAACAUACUGGGUGUUGAGCUACGUGAAGAACUGCUCAAGUUCCACAACAAAUACUACUCGUCCGACAUUAUGAAGCUUGUAGUGGCUGGUAAUCACACCUUGGACCAACUGACCGAGUGGGCUGUCUCUAUGUUCUCAGAAGUCGAGAGCAAGGGAAACACAAAGCCCGUGCUAUCCGAGCAUACACUCAGCAAGUCUGAGCUCGGCAAAGUUGUGAGUUUUGAGACAGUGAAUGAUAUUUAUGAUAUUGUCUUAUCGAGGCUGGAUUACGAUAUAGAUGCCAACUCUUUUGGCUUGUACGACGACGGAUCAAGCAUGUUUUAUAUUGGCAUUGAUGCAACCCCUGACGGAAUGGAUAACUACGCUGAUAUUGUGCACGCCAUAUUUGCAUACAUGGACAUGUUGACUAAACAGGGACUACAGAAGUGGUACCAUGACGAGCUGCACAGUGUCAAUGCUAUUAGCUACCAUUUUUACGAAAGAUCUAAUAUUGGCCACUGGAUAACUGGCGAGUUCAACUCAUCCUUGGUCGCUGAUAUCAUAAACUACUUGAACCCGAACAACUACAUGCUCAUGGUUGGGGCAAAGAAACACCGCGAUGUCGAAUGUGAUAUUAAGGAACAGUACUACGGCAUUAAAUACAAUGUCGUCAAUAUGCCAGCCACCCUCAAGCCAGAGCAGAGCAGCUUUGCCGAGUAUGAAGAUGUAUUUUCAAUGCCGACCUCGACAGAAAUUCCAUUGGGCGUUGUUAAUGAGCCAACUCUGCUGCGUAGCAACGACAGGAUGAAAGUGUGGUUUAAGCAGGACGACCGGUUUUUUGUUCCCAAGGGAAAAAUUAUGUUGAGUAUCCGUAUGCCUGCAACCAACACACCAAUGAGGCACGCGCUUGUUGACCUGUACAACAUGUAUGCCAGUGAAAUAUUGCACACGGAGCUCGAGCAGGCUCAAAUGGCGGGACUACACUACCACUUUGCCGUAGAUGUCGGUACCAUUGAUAUUUCCAUAUCUGGAUUCAGCGACAAACAGUCUGUUUUGCUGCAAGCUAUUCUGUGCAAAUUCAAUCCGCAGCGAGCUGACAAUAUAACGAUUCAACAGCUGCAAUUGCUUGCUGACCACAUGUUUGGCCAAACAUUCUUCAAGCUCAUAGUUUCAGGCAAUUUUGACGAGAAGGAUGCCCUCGAUAUUGCCCAGAUGAUUGACGACACUUUAGAUUCCAGACCACUUGCUGACUACUGUCAAUUCGGCCGCGCGCGCUGCAUCUCGAUGCCGGCACCCAUGCCCGACAAAAACAGCAAAGAAAGUGCUACUAUCUGCUAUGUAUACUGCGACCAGUCGGGUGAUACGUAUGAGACUGCAGUUCUAGACCUGCUUGACAAGCUUAUGUCGGAGCCAUUCUUUGACCAGCUGCGGACUAAGGAGCAGCUGGGCUACCGGGUUCACGCAAAUAUAAAAACCUACGGCAAGAGCAGUGGGCUGCAGUUCUACAUUCAGGGCGAAAGCAAUCCCACUUAUGCCACAAUGCGCAUAGAUGCGUUUGUGCAUGAUUUCCGCCAGUACCUGCUUGAUUUUGACGCUGCCAAGCUGGCCACACAAAUCAAAUCGAUUGUCGAUCAAGCCCGCGAAAGGGUCAAGAACAUAUCGCAAGAGACUGCCAGAUAUUGGUCACAGAUUGAUAGCGAAAAAUACGACUUUGGAAGUGUCGAAAGAGGCGCUGAACAGAUAAGCAGGCUGACUAGAGACGACUUGAUCGCGUUCUGGGACAAGUAUAUCAAUCCACAAACCGCGCCUCACUACACACGUGUCGACAAUCAGGUGUGGUCGUCUGCAACUGCGCAACCAUCCGCUGAACAGUUUGGGGCGCACACUAGCGGUACCAUUGCGUUGCACGGAUGCCUCCACAAAGAAGGGCUGCCUGAGUUGUCACUUGCCAAGGUUGAAAGCAUGGUUUCAAAUAUUGCUGCUGCCAAUUUCAGUGCUAACGACGAAGAUGCCUUACUGAGCAGACUCGGAGACAUGAACACAGGCAAGAAUGCUCUGCAAAUGGCCAUUGACAGCUCGAGAGUUUCUUUUAACCAUGCAGUUGCCAGCGGCAAGGAUUUCACCAAAAUCGGCAUGCACCAGUCGCCCGACGGCGUGUGGCUCAUCACUGACAUUGAAAAGUUCAAGGCCACUCAAAUGCUCCACGGCUCGAGCAUCCCCUAUGCUGUGCCUGUUCCCAAGUAUAACUACUAAAGCGCAUUGUCCCUAACGCUCUUUCUUUUACAAGUUGCAUGGAUACACUUUUAUACCUUUAUUUUGUGUGAACAAGACAUGUUUGACCAAUUUUAUUUGUGUAGCU